AUGAUAAGAUUAGAUAAUAGUCAGCCGCAUACGGUAAAGGCGAUGACAUUUUCGUUCAAAUCAAGUAUGGAAGAUAUCAGCAAGGAAGAAAUAACCAGCCAGGAUCUGGCCUUGUUCAAAGAUGCAUUGACUGGGGCAGGAUGUGAUGAUAUAGAGCUGAAGCUAUACACCAUCAAGCGCAUAGCAACAAUAGCCAAAAUACUAGGUCCUGAGAAAACAGUCGAAGAUCUUCUACAUUUCAUCGAUUCUAACCUAGGUAGCUUGGAGGAUGAAGUUUUGUGUGCUCUGGUAGAGGAAUUGGAAUUGUUUCUGCCACUUGUGGGAGGACCAGAUCAUUGCUACGAACUAUUUUCGAUACUCUUGCGAAUAAGUAGGUCUGUCGAUGAGACAUUGGUCAGAAACAGGGCUGUAGAAGCUAUCAAGAAGUUGCUGAAGGACAUCGAUCAACAGCUGACUGAGAAAUUUCUUGUCUCCAGUUUGGUUGGUAAUAGUGAAAACAUCUGGUUCCAGGAGAAGUGCUCAACUUUAUCUCUUAUACCGGUUUGUUAUCCAAAAGCAAGCCCAGAAAAUAAAAUACUUCUGAGGCAUAAAUACUGCCAAAUAUACGAAGACAAUUCCUCACUUGUCAGAAAAUUAGCUGCAAUUGGCCUUCCUGAAUUCAUCAAUGUAUUGGAAAUAGAGCAUGUCUUGAAGGAAUUCAUACCUCUACUGAACAUGAUCGUUGAAGAUGAUCAGGAAAUUGUUAGGAUGAAUGCAGUGGAGGUAGCACUGAGUAUAGCACUCAAGUCUAAAAACCAGGAGGUUAGAAAUGACAUGUUUGAAAUUGUCAAAAAACAAUCCGAAAACAGUUCAUGGAGAAUACGCCAAAAAGUUGCUACGACGAUCAAUUACAUAGCCUCGGUGUUCGCAGAGGAAGAUUUCAUCGAAACCCUGCUGGAAAUGUACGACAACCUCAUCAACGAUUCAGAGACAGAAGUGAGGAUGGAAGCCGUGCUGAAUCUAUACAACUUCGCGAACAGCUUACACAGCAACCUCGAAAAAAUUAGGGAUUCCAAGCGCACCUUCCAAGAAGUUUUUCUUCGUGAACUGAUGCCCAGCAUCCUUUCCAUAACCACCGAUGCGUCCAACGACGUCCAAGUGGCAUUUUCGUCGGUCAUUUUAUCCCUGGGUCUACUGAUACCCGACGAUAUUUUCAAAGAUACAAUUCUGUCCAUUGUUGUCAACGGUUUGGAGAAAGACAAACCUCUACUAUUCAAAGAAAACAUCUUGAUGAACCUGGGUUUUCUGCCGAAGGAUGUCGAUCUCGUCAAAUCACUGACUUCGAUCAAGAGCAUCAUAAAACACAUCCUCCUGACAUCGGAAACCUCGUGGAGAACCAGAAGAAGUCUCCUGGUCAGCUUUGUCCAUGUUAGCAAAUUCUGUUCGGCAGAGUAUUUUCAGAACAACUUGCUGGUGUACUACAUUCUACUCCUCAAGGAUAACAUAUACGCAGUACGAAGGGCCGCCACCCUUAUUCUUCCUAUUCUAACGAAGAGGUUUGGUGUCAGAUGGUUCAUUCAGGAGGUGAUGCCUCAAAUUAUGGACAUACUGAAGAGCAAGAAGUACCUCAUGAGAUACGUUGUAUUGUUCUGCAUCCAAGAACUGGUAUUUCCAACUAUACUCGUCAAUGAUAAAUCACAAUGUGGUAAUGAAAUAUACAUUCGGGAUAUCAAGGAAUUGAUUGAAAAAGACGAAAAGAAAUAUGGCAAACUUUUAUGUAGGAUAUCAAGCUUAAAUAGAAAGCUGAAAGAAUCACUCGAUAAAGAACCAUUCAAAGAAAUCAUCACAACAUAUAGUGACGAGUACAAUAUUAGCGAAGAAAACGUAAGAAUCUACUCGGAAGAAUUGUUAGAUUCCAUUAUGAAAAACGAUGAAGCAAUAUUUUCGGUAGAAUCAAGUGAAGUUGAAGGUGACAUAAGUUAUUUAGAAGGCAUUCUGAUCCUUCUCAACAAAUGUAUCCUUAACGUACUCAAAUCUAUGCUAGAGGAUCCAACCGAAAAUAUUAAAGACAGGGUAAAAUACACCCUGACAAGGAUCAAACAAUUCUCUAACGAGUUGAGCAAGGAGUUGUCGUCCAUGUGGAUUUCCGACUACACUUCUAGAAUAGAAGAAGUUGCAUGGAAGGCAAUAGAUGAAGAACUAGAUAGAGAGAUCGAUAAGGCUGUGAUAGAUAGCACGAAUGCGGAAAAAAUAGAUACAGACUUGAUGGAUACCAUAUCCGUUGAUUCUACAAUGGUCGAGACAGGCAGCGCUAAAAUCGAUAUUCAGAAAUUGGAAGUAUUUCCUAAUGAACGUCUUCCAUCGGAAGAGAUGCAUUUCGAGCAGAUGGAAAGUUUGGAUGAGGAGAAAUGUAAAGACUCGAACUGCUGAGAUUUCUUGGUAACUGGUCAAUCUGUAUCUUUAGCUUUUGUAUUCGAUAGUUUUGUAUAUAUAAUUGUAAAUAAAGACUUUUCUGGA